GAUUGAGUAAGAUAAUUCUAAUAAAAAGAAUUCAAUACCUAAUUUAGUGGGUUGUUUUUUUUUUAAUAUAUUGCAUAACAUGUAAAUUUAUUUAACUUUAUCUAACUUACUAAACUGUAUCCGAGCCUUUACAAUAUCAAUAUUGUUUGGAAGAAUUGACCUCUUUCUCAAUAAAACGCUCAGGCUCAAUCAUUUUGCUUUUGCCAGAAUGGAGGUUCUUGUUUAAGCACGACAAUUGGUAUACCAAGAUGUGCUUGUCCGAAAGACUAUACAGGAAUGUUAUGUGAACAAAGAAUUACUAGAUUUAAUAAUGGAACGGGGAAGCCACCUCUUUCCACUUGCAAUUCAAACCCAUGUUUAAAUAAUGGUAUGUGUAUGAUGGUUUUGAACAGAGUACACUGCGCAUGUCCCCCUGGGUUUGAUGGAUCAAGAUGUGAACGUAUCGCGAACAAAACAAAAAAUACAGCGUGUUCGCAUUCGUCUCAGAAUUGUAAAAAUGGCGCUACUUGCGUUGAUAAUGGUUCUUAUACAACUUACGCAUGUAAAUGUACAUCGGGUUUUGUCGGAAAGUACUGUACAUCCUUUGCCAGUGAUCCUUGCUAUCUGAAAAACUAUUGUCAUAGUGCCGGUAAAUGCGUUUUAUCUGGAAAUGACUACUAUUGUAAAUGUAGAAAGGGAUAUGAAGGUCGACUCUGUGAUAUUCGUAGAACAAAUCUUUGUGAAGUGAAUCCUUGUGAAAAUGAAGGAAUAUGCUAUCAACGAAAGAAUCGUCUAACUAGGGAAAGUGAAGCUAUAUGUAUUUGCCGAGAUAAAUGGAGUGGAAGGACUUGUUCAGAAGAUCAUUCCGAACCUUGCAAAAGUAAUCCCUGUAUAAAUAAUGGUGAAUGCCGUGACUUAACGAAUGGAAAAUAUCUUUGUAAAUGUCCUAAAGGUUUCUUUGGCGAAUCUUGCGAAUUAAAAGAUCCUUGCGAAGAUGAAACCUGUAACGGAAAUGGCUUUUGUUUACCAAAAGUCAUGCGUAUGAAUGAGACGUUUUCUCUAAGCACCCAAUGCUUAUGUCAUAAGUAUUACGCCGGUAGACAAUGCGAAUUCGUCAAUCCGUGUUUGAAUGAUAAUCCUUGUUUAAAUGGAGGCCAAUGUAAAUCGAAACCAAUCUACGCUUUUCCCAAUAUGUUCACUGUUGUCGGUUUCGAGAAAGCAACUUGUGACUGUACAGAAUAUUUUGCUGGAAAGCAUUGUGCUGAUUUAAGUCCUUGUGUCACAAAUAAUCCUUGCGAAAAUGAAGGUUAUUGUAACGAUACUUAUAUUUAUAAAACGACUGAAAAUGGAUACGAAAACACAUUUGGUGAUCCCAACUGUACAUGUCCGUUGGAUUACGAAGGAAUUCAUUGCAAGACCAGAAUAAAUAAUCCAUGCGAAGAGUUACCUUGUGAAAAUGGAGGAACUUGUAUAAGAAGAAAAGAAGAUAAAAACAAAUAUGAAUGUUUAUGUGACAGUAAGCACGAAGGAGAAAAUUGCGAAUUGAAAAAAGCAAGAUACGAGCUCACUUCAUGUGAUUUUGAAAAGCUUUGUGAAGAUUUCAAGUAUUGGACUAACAACAGAUAUCAUUGGAAAGAUCGAAUAGGAACAACUCCCAGUUAUAUGACUGGGCCAUCUAAAGCAUACGAAGGUAUAAGAUAUAGUUAUGCCGAAGCCUCAAGCCCGGCCACUACUGGAAAUAUAGCCUCUAUUAGGUCGAGUUAUAUAAAUAUUAAUGGACCAUCGUGCAUUUCUCUAUAUUACCAUAUGUUUGGUUCUGGUAUCGGAAAACUCAAGGUAUAUGUUCAAAAAAAAUCUGGAAAGAUACUCGGAAAUGUAUGGUCUAAGACUGGACCUCAAGGAAAUCAAUGGCAUCAUAUGCAAAUGGACAUUGCAAAUACCACAUCAGGUAUAUUGAUUAUAGAAGGAACUAGAGGACCAUCGUGGUCAGGAGAUAUUGCUAUUGAUAACAUAAAAUGGAAUUUUGGCACGUGCUUGUCCGAGACUGAAGUUAAGCCCUGA